GAGAGUGAGUGGCCGUUUAAACGGUCACCACUCCACCUCGUCAAAAUCUGGUUGGCCGCCAACAUAAUCAUUUUUUUUAUAUUCUCUUAGAAGAACACAAAAAGAAAAAAAAUCAAUUCAAUUACAAAACUUUUUAUUUUUAGUUUAUCUUUUCACUUUAUUGGGAAAAUCGAAUCCCAUUAGCCUGCAUCUACCACCGUCUCCUUUUUGUUUUUGUUUUUGUUUUUUUUUCCAUUUUCGGUAUCCAUUUCUGUUUAUACGGUGGAUUUGCAGGCUAAAACGACGUAAUCUAGAUACACUUUUGCUUAUAAAUUUCCAGAUCUUUUAUUUUAUUCUUUAUUUAAAGAUUUUUUUGGCAAUUUUUGUGGUGAUUUUUUUAUAAAAAUGCAACACAAUAUAUUCACGACAAUGCGUAGCUUGAAAUUCCCGGAGGGAUGUAAAGGAACUCAAGUUUAUGCUAUCAAUCCAACCGGCGGUGAAGGUGGCGGCGGCGGCUGUGGCGGUAAGGUUGGGGAGAAGUUUUUGCAACACUUGCAAGAUCUAAGAGCGAAUUCGAUUCGGACGAAAUCGAGUAGAAAUUCGCAUCCACCGACUAACCAGACAACAAGAACUAAUGUAUCAGUCGAAAGUUUAUUGCCAGCUGGUUCUCCGACCGUUGAUCUCAUGGAGCCACAUAUUGAGCCGUGUCUUAAAUCUGUGGAUUUCGUCGAAUCAUUAGCUGCUGUCUAUAAAAAGGUUGAGGAUUCUUCACAAUUUGAGAAAUCAGAGAGAUUUUUAGAACAAUGCGCGGUGUUUAAGGGUUUAUGUGAUCCGAAAUUGUUUCGGAAUAGUCUAAGGGGUGCGAGACAGCAUGCUGUGGAUGUGCAUUCCAAGGUUGUUUUGGCUUCGUGGUUGAGGUUUGAGAGGAGGGAGGAUGAGUUGAUUGGUUUGUCGGCUAUGGAUUGUUGUGGAAGAAAUUUAGAAUGCCCUAGGGCUUGUUUGGUGCCGGGGUAUGAUCCGGAAUCGGUGAAUGAUCCUUGCGUGUGUUCGAGAGGGGAGCUGGAGGGGGGUGUUUUGAUGGGGAACGGAGGAGAAUGCUCGACUUCGGAUAUCGAUGAGGCUGCUGGAGGCGGUGGUGGUGAUGAUGAUGAUUGUGAUAUGUCAUUUUGUAUUGGUGAUGAUGAGAUCAGGGGUGUGAGGUAUAAUGUGGCGUCGCUUUCGAGGCCUUUUAGAUCAAUGUUGUAUGGGGAGUUUAAAGAAUCAAGGAGGGAGAAGAUAAAUUUUUCGCAGAAUGGGAUAUCAGCAGAGGGAAUGAGGGCGGCAAUGAUAUUUAGCAGGACAAAAAGAUUGGGUUCGUUUGAACUAAAGAUUGUUUUAGAGCUUCUUUCCUUGGCAAACAGGUUUUGCUGUGAGGAAUUGAAGUCGGCUUGUGAUGCCCAUUUGGCAUCUUUGGUUUGUGAUAUGGAGGAAGCCAUGAUGCUAAUUGAGUAUGGAUUGGAGGAGGGUGCGUAUCUUUUGGUGGCAGCUUGUUUACAGGUGAUUUUGAGAGAGCUUCCAUUUUCAAUGCACAAUCCUUAUGUGAUGAAACUGUUUUGUGGAUCUGAGGGUAGGGAGAGAUUGGCUUCGGUAGGCCAUGCUUCAUUUUUGUUGUAUUAUUUUCUGAGCCAGAUUGCUAUGGAGGAAGAGAUGAAAUCUAACAACACUGUGAUGCUUUUGGAGAGACUGGGAGAAUGUGCCACCGAAGAUUGGCAGAAACAGCUUGCCUAUCACCAGUUAGGUGUUGUUAUGCUCGAAAGAACAGAGUAUAAAGAUGCCCAGAAAUGGUUCGAAGAAGCAGUUGAAGCAGGUCAUAUAUACUCGUCGGUGGGUGUUGCAAGGGCCAAAUACAAUCGCGGGCACAAGUAUUCAGCAUACAAGAUGAUGAACUCGCUGAUUUCUGAUCAUACACCAGUUGGGUGGAUGUACCAAGAGAGGUCUUUAUAUUGUACUGGAAAGGAGAAGCUGAUGGAUUUGAAUACAGCAACUGAAUUGGAUCCAACACUUUCAUUCCCAUACAAGUGUCGGGCUGUUUUGUUGGUGCAGGAGAACAAACUUGAAUCAGCUAUCUCAGAACUAAAUAAAAUUAUUGGUUUCAAAGUCUCUCCUGAUUGUCUUGAAUUACGGGCCUGGAUUUCCAUUGUGUUGGAGGAUUAUGAAGGAGCCCUAAGAGAUGUCCGUGCUCUUUUGACUUUGGAUCCAAAUUACAUGAUGUUUUAUGGGAAGAAGCAUGGUGACCAACUAGUAGAACUCCUCCGUCCUCUGGUUCAGCAAUACAGUCAGGCAGACUGCUGGAUGCAACUGUAUGAUAGAUGGUCCUCUGUUGACGAUAUAGGCUCCCUUGCUGUCGUACACCAAAUGCUGGCAAAUGACCCUAGGAAGAGCCUUCUAUGGUUCCGACAAUCUCUUCUUCUUUUACGGCUAAAUUGUCAAAAGGCUGCGAUGCGAAGUUUGCGGCUGGCUAGAAAUUAUUCUACUUCCGACCAUGAGAAACUUGUCUAUGAAGGAUGGAUCUUGUAUGACACUGGGCACCGUGAAGAAGCACUAUCCAAGGCUGAGCAGUCUAUUUCAAUUCAGAGAUCAUUUGAAGCCUUUUUCCUUAAAGCUUAUGCUUUAGCAGAUUCAAGCCUUGAUCCCGAGUCCUCAAAGUAUGUUAUCCAACUUUUGGAGGAGGCUCUUAGGUGCCCUUCAGAUGGCCUCCGGAAAGGACAAGCACUGAACAAUCUAGGGAGUGUAUAUGUUGACUGUGAGAAGUUUGAUCUUGCCGCUGACUGUUACAUGAGCGCACUUGAGAUCAAGCAUACAAGAGCACAUCAAGGUCUGGCACGUGUAUAUCAUCUAAAAAAUCAACGGAAAGCUGCAUAUGAUGAGAUGACAAAACUGAUUGAGAAAGCAAGGAAUAAUGCUUCAGCUUAUGAGAAGCGUUCAGAGUACUGUGAUCGUGACAUGGCAAAGAGUGAUCUUAGCACAGCAACACAACUAGAUCCAUUGAGGACAUACCCAUACAGAUACAGGGCAGCAGUUUUAAUGGAUGAUCACAAAGAAGCGGAAGCCAUAAGAGAGCUUGCAAGGGUCAUAGCUUUCAAGCCAGACUUACAGCUGCUGCAUCUUCGAGCAGCAUUUUAUGAUUCAAUGGGCGAUACUAGCUGCACCCUUAGAGACUGUGAAGCAGCUCUCUGUCUUGAUCCCAAUCACACUGGUACCAUUGAGCUCUAUAAGAGAGCACGGGAACGGGGAAAUGAACCAGAAAAAUGAGAGCCAGAAAUCCAUGCUUGUUAUCUUUAUUAUCCGGGCAAUCACAUCAUUGCCACUUCUGUUUCUUGUUUUUGGUACUAGGAAGGCCAGUGUUCCUCAGGGAAAUUAUUUUUUUCGGGAUUUUCUCCAUAGAUAUGCAGACAUCCCCGUGGCCUUAAGUGAAGGGAAGUUCAGCAGAAGAAGAAGGGGAUACUUUGAAUUUAACAAGAAAGGGAUAGUAGAGAUUGGGGUAACUUGUAAAUUUAUGUAAUAUCUGCAUUUUGCUUUGCUUUGCUUUGCUUUGCUAUCGAAGAAUGUAUGUAUUCUGCAGACUGCUGCUCUCUUGCCACUGCCGAAUAUUUCUCUUCGGCAAAGAUUGAAAUGAAUGUAUUAUAGUUGAAAGAAACAUGUACAUGAAUGGCAGCUUAUGCUGAAGUCUUCUCUUGUCAAGAGGUUUAUGGAUUAACUGAUUUUUGCCAAAACA